AUGCCUGACAGCGAAGAAAGCCUCAAGAAGAAAGCCCUGGAUGGAAGUUUAGGGAAGACUCCGGAAGGCUUCGAAACCAGGUUUUUGAACAGACUUCCUCCAGGAAGGACUAUACAGGCUCGAAAGCUCAGUUUGAAUCCACCACGUCUGAAAAGCUUAAGACAGAAUGUUCAGAGAAGCAUCCUACCUGACCAUCAGCACCUCUCCAAAGAGUCCCUCAACAAUGCCUUGGAUAACCUGUACCUUGAGAGCACUUUGGAAAAAGAAGAGGCCUCUGCAGAGUCCCUGUGGACUACAUCAGCAGAUGGCUUGGUCAAGAUCCGGAUGGACCACAGCUGCUCCCAGACCCCGAAGACCGUACACCAGGUGUUCCUAGAGUGUUUGGAGAAGUAUGGAAAUCUGAACGCCCUGAGCAGCAAACGGGAUGGGAAAUGGGAGAGGAUCACCUACUCUCAGUACUAUCUUCUCGCCCGAAAAGCUGCCAAAGGGUUUUUGAAGCUUGGCCUGGAGCGUGUUCACAGUGUAGCUGUCCUCGGAUUCAACUCCCCUGAGUGGUUUAUCUCAGCUGUGGGCACAGUCUUUGCUGGGGGCAUCCUCACAGGAAUCUAUACAACCAGCUCCCCUGAGGCUUGCCAAUACAUUGCCCAUGAUUGCAAGGCCAACAUCAUCCUGGUGGAUACCCAGAAACAGCUGGAAAAGAUACUGAAGAUCUGGAAGAAUUUGCCAUAUUUGAAGGCUGUCGUGAUGUUCCGAGAGACCCCGGCAGAGAAAAUUCCUAACGUAUAUACGAUGGAAGAGUUCCUAGAGAUAGGGAAUGAGAUCCCCGAUGCCACCCUGGAUGACAUCAUUAACUCCCAAAAACCCAACCAGUGCUGCGUGCUUGUCUACACAUCUGGUACCACUGGCAACCCCAAAGGCGUGAUGCUGAGUCAGGACAAUAUCACUUGGACGGCCAAGUUUGGCAGCCGAGCAGGAGACAUCCAGCCAGCCGAGAUUCAGCAGGAGGUUGUGGUUAGCUACCUGCCUCUCAGCCACAUCGCUGCUCAGAUGUAUGACCUUUGGACAGGAAUUCAAUGGGGGGCCAACAUCUGCUUUGCUGAGCCUGAUGCCCUGAAGGUCAGUCUGCCCUGUCCUCCCCUCAGUCUGUUCAUCUCUUAUGUGGAAUUAAUCAUAACAGCUGGAGGGGAGAAUGUGCCUCCUCUCCCCAUUGAGGAGGCCGUGAAGAUAGAGCUCCCUAUCAUUAGCAAUGCUAUGCUGAUUGGAGACCAGAGGAAAUUUCUGUCCAUGUUGCUGACCUUGAAGUGCACUCUAGAUCCAGAAACUUCAGAUCCAACUGAUUAUCUUACGGAUCAAGCCUUGGAGUUCUGCCAGAAGGUUGGCAGCAAAGCCACGAAAGUGUCGGAGAUAGUGGGCAGGAAGGAUGAAGCCAUUUACCAGGCCAUCGAAGAAGGCAUCCAGAGAGUCAAUGAGAAAGCUGCUGCCCAGCCUUACCGUAUCCAGAAGUGGACCCUCCUGGAAAGGGAUUUUUCCAUUUCUGGGGGAGAAUUUGGUCCUACAAUGAAACUGAAGCGCUUAGCAGUUCUUGAAAAGUACAAAGAAGAAAUUGAAUCAUUUUACAAAGAACCAAACAACUAA